GUUCAAAAGUCGAAUUUCUGAUGCAACACUCUGGAAGAAGUCUUGAAUACGUUGGAUGGAUGAGUGUCGAUUGAAGAUAUUCGUAAAAUUAGCUAUUUAACGUCAUUAGAAAAUAUUGAAAUUUCUGUAAAAUCUUCAACAGUUUAAUUUCACAUACAAAAUGACAGAAGAAGAUUCGAUUUUUGAUCCCAGCUUAAAGAAAAAGAAAAAGAAAAAGAGGGGUGUAUUUGACAUUGACGGUGAAUUUAAUGAAGCAGGUAGCACUGGUGAUGCUAAUGAAAUGACAGGUGACAAGGAAAAUCAAGAACCAGAACCUCUUAUGGCUGAAGAUGAUGAAACUUUGGAUCUGGAAAAUUUUGGAAAGAAAAAGAAAAAAAAGAAAAAGGCAUUUAAUUUAAAUGACUUAGAUGCUGCUUUACCAGAUGCAAAAAAAGAAGAUGUUAUGGAGCCACCAGUGGAAGAAACUGCUGUAGAUGAUAAUUUAGAUUUAGAUAUGGAUUUUUCAAAAACAAAAAAGAAGAAGAAGAAGAAGAAGGAUCUAGAUGAAUUAGUGGCAGAAGAAGAACGUAAAGAAAUUGAAGACAAAGAAAAUGGCUGCACUGAAUCUGAGCGAAGUGCAGAGUAUGUGGAGGAAACAAGUUUGUGGGUAGGAUCAGAUAGAGAUUAUACGUAUGAUGAAUUACUUGUAAGAGUAUUCAACAUCAUGCGAGAAAAGAAUCCUGAUAUGGUUGCUGGUAAGAAGCAGAAAUUUGUUAUGCGUCCUCCACAGGUUGUACGUAUAGGUACAAAGAAAACAUCCUUUGCUAAUUUUACAGAGAUAUGUAAAACAUUACACAGACAACCAAAACAUUUACUUGAUUUCUUAUUGGCUGAAUUGGGUACAAGUGGCUCUGUAGAUGGAAACAGUCAACUUAUUAUUAAAGGACGUUUCCAACAAAAACAAAUUGAGAAUGUGCUUAGGAGAUAUAUCAAGGAAUAUGUUACCUGUCACACAUGUCGUUCACCUGAUACUAUUCUUCAAAAAGAUACUCGACUAUUUUUCUUACAAUGUGAAACUUGUGGGUCUAGGUGCUCUGUAGCCAGUAUAAAAUCUGGAUUUCAAGCUGUCACAGGAAAACGUGCUGCUAUUCGAGCAAAAACUGCCUAAACAAUUUCUCAUUUUUUCCAUGGAUAUCAUAAAUUCUUUUUUAAAAUCUAUCUCAGCUUGCUUAUAUCGAAAAAUCAUACUUCUUUAAUUUAUUACAUCAGUACAUAAAACAAAACUGAAAGUAUUACAUACAUCAACAAAAUAUCUGUCUAUUUUGAGUUUAUAUUACCAUAUUAAAAGUUGAAUGUACAUACAUGGUAAUACCUAGAAAACUUUCUUCUCUAUUCUGAUACAUUAUUUUUCCUGUUGAAGUCAGCAGAUGAGUAAUGUGCAUUGCAUCCUACAAAGUUCACAUUAGGUCAUUAAAAAAAUCAUCUUUUACUGGAACAUGUAGUUCAGCUAGCGCAUUACUUAUCCAUGUCACUAAUAUUUUAAUGCAAUAUCUUUUAAAGAACAAAUUGUUCAGGUAUAAAAUAGUAUAUAGUACCAAUUGUUAAAAAUGCUUAAACAAUUAAUAAUUCCUUAUAUUAUUUUAUUAACACAAAAUUUAUAAUAUUAAAUUGAAUGCCACCAGUGUUUCAUAUAUACAAAUACAGAAAAGAAGAAUUUAUUAUUGUUCCAUUGUUUUUAAACAAUAAUGAUCAUAUAAGUAAUGCAUAAUGAAUAUGUCAAGCUUCUUUCAGAUUUUACUGAUGAAGUCAUUUCCUAGGUAAUAAUUUAUUCAAAUAAUGUAUUUACUAGGUAAUAAAUUUAUUUGGAAGGAUUUUGUUAUAUUCCUUAUGAUCACGAAUUAAUCAUGAAAAAAGGUAUCAUUAUAAUUUGUAAUAAAAUAAAAAUUAUAAAUAUAAAUAAGAAAGAUAUUGUUAUAAUUAGUUAAACUUGAUCUACCAUUAUGUUUACCACAUAAAUUAUUAUGAAUGGAAAAGUGCAUUAUUAUUUUUUAGUAAUAAUAAAUACAAGUGUAUAACAAAUUAUUAAAAUAGUAUAUUAAAAAUAGUGUUUUUUUAAUAUUUCAUAUACAAGUGAAUUUCAUUAAGGUAUUGAAUUAUACAAUGUAACUCUCAAAUUAAAUAUAAUUUUUUCAAAGUAUCUAGUUGUCAGUAUAAAAGUGAUAUAAUAUACAACUUCUAUUCGUAAAUUUUUUUUUUUAAUUCAAUGAUUUAAUCAAAAUGAAUAAUUCAUAAUAUACAAUAUAACAAUAAUUUUGGCAUAAAAUAAUAUUUACAGAAUUAAUAUAUUGUAGUUAUUUCAUGAUGUACCUUCCUACAUACAUUUAACAUGUAAAUAAAAAAUUAAAUUUUUAUUUAAUUAAAUAACAAAAAAUUAUUGCGAAUAUUGAGCUGCUACAAGUUCCACAAUUUGUUUGGUAUCGUAUCCUAUUAACCACAAAAAAUUUAAAUAAGUUUUAAGUAACCAUUGAGCGAAACUGUAUAACCUGUAAAAAAUUAUAAAUAAAUUUAAAUAAUACUAAUAAUAUCUACCAAUUUUGGAAACGAA